AGGUGUGCCCGGCUCACCUGGGAGCCGCGGUGCUGAUGACAUACCUGCAGCCCCGGGGGAAGCACAGAGAUAGUCUGCUGUCGCCCAGGGCAGGGGGGCUACAGCCGGAACGGCGCCGGGGGCAGCACUGGCCCCGACCCGGCCGCCGCAGGAUCCGAUGGGGAGGAGGAGUAGGAAGGAUCUCGGGAGAAGGAACUCGCCCUUAUCCUGCGGUGGGACGACGGGCCUGCUGCGCUCGACUGGGACGCGGGGCUCGGCCCGAUGCGCGUAGGUGUGGGUGAGCGUGUGGGGAAUUGCUGUUCGGGGAAGCCCCGCGGAGCCAGGUGCGGGGACAUCCGCUCCGGUGUCCACAGGGAGGAGGAGAAAGGAGCUUGUAUCCUUGGGAGGCCCCUAGCAGCCUUUUCUUGAUGUUCCUGUCCUUCACAGGUAGAGAUAGAAAUGUGGGCCCGGCCCCGGCAGCCGUAGCACUUUUCUACAUCGCUGCUGUGCCUCCCUCAUGGGAGUCAGGUCUUGCGCUGGUCACUGGACUGUGGACUUCAGAGGCCCUAGUGUCUCAGGGCUGCAUUUGAACUCUGGACACCUUGUUUUUCUCUCUGCUUUGCUCAUUGGUGUCUUGUGACUUUUAUGGCCUGUCAUGGAGGAACGGAAGAAGUCAGCAAGGGAAGUACCACGCCCUUGGAAGUUUGCAGCACUGCUGGGCAAGCCUGGAAUUCUGCAGUAGCUGAAAGAGAGCAUGAUGCCCCUCAUGUAUCAGUUGAAAUGAGCACCAGCCCACUGGAUUCUGCAGAGGGAGCAGAGCUCAGCACACCCAAGGACUUUCUUUCUGCUCCAGGGGAAGCAGCAGUAAUGCCAGGCAGAUCCUCUAACCCUGUACAAAAAGUGCCAGCAGGCCUGGAACAAGAGCAUGGUGAUGCAGAUCCUCAGAAGAGACUCUCAGAAUGGGAGGGAGAAAUAAUUUUAGAGAGUGGACUAGAUUGUUCACUGAAACAUAAGCAAGGGGAGCUGGCUGACCUGGAAAGCAACCAGGGCUUUUCCUAUCUCAGCCCAAUCCAGGAUGGAGCAGCUACUGGCAAUGCCAUCCCACAGUCUGUGGACCUCAGCACUGAAUAUUCUCAGUCCCAAACAGAACUGGCUUUUCAUGUCUCAGACCCUCAGGCCCAAUAUCAAAAAUCUCCUUUGGCUGAUGACAUUUCCUCUCAGAGAGAGGCACCUAAGUGCUUCUUGGUUUGUAAAACCAUUUCAGAGAGGCACUAUAAGGCUGAGCCAUCUCAGGGUAAGGUAGGGUCUUUGCAGGAGACUGAUGCUAGUGCAGAUGAGAAGCAAAGCAGCGAAAAGGUGUCACUGGCAACUGAUGAACAGCCUACCUCAGAGAUAACAGCAGAGGACAUGGCUAAACUUUACACUUCUGAAGAUGGUAAGGAAAGCAGAAGAGCGCUCCAUAGUUGGGAAGAAAAUACAGAGUCUUCCUAUCAACUGACUUCCACCUUAACAGAUGACAGCCAAAUAAGCUUACUACAAACAGGAGGAAAUAUCUCAGCUUGUGAAAUAAGGAGUAACAAGCUGUUCAAAGACCAGGGAACAGUAGUGAUUCCUAAAGAAAACUCAUCCACUUCUAAAUGCAUUCAUCUUGAAGAUGAUCACAGAAAAACAGACAGCAGACCUACCUCUUCAGUAUCAUGUGCUUUCUAUGUAAAGGAUACUGCUAAAAAAGUUAAGCAAGUGAAUACUUCACAACAUAAGGAAACAGCACAGGAGAAAGCAGUGUCUGAACUUCAGCAGGAACAAGAGAAGAAAGAGUGCAAAGACCGUAACAUGCAAGAAGAAGGAAAAUUUUUGAAGCCCAAAAAUCAAGAAAAAAAGGAACACAAUGAACAGGAACAGCAAUUACAGAGGGAAGAGCUCAGACUGCCAUCAGCUUUCCUUUUAGAGACACUGUCUAUGCCCAGGCAUAAAGUGGACUUCUGUGGUUUGGAAAAUGUUUUUUUGACUGAGCAAACUGGAACAGCACUUCCUGGGGAAUGUGGCUUCAUGAGAGAGCAUCUUGGUGAGAGUGUGCUGCUCAAAGCUCAAGUUACAGCAGUGGGUUCUAGAUGUCAAACACCUUCUGCCAGCCCUUUCCCAUCAGAGAGCCUGAACAUAGUGGGUGAAAUUCCAGUGGUGCCUCUGCACAUGUGCCAUAUCUCUGACCUGGAAGAGCUGGAAGACUCUGUCCAUUUUUCCAUCAGCAGUCAAGAUAGUGUAGAAGUUAACUGCGAUGACAAGAUAAGGCUGGGUGGGGAGGGUGAGCACAGUGGUGAACCUGGAAAAGCUGCCCAAAUAUUCGACAAAAGAGAAGCACCACACUGUGGAGUGGCAGCACCUUCUAGCAUAGAGAACCCAGAGGCUUCUGUGCCAGUAUGUUCCUCUACUGCUACUGGGAAGAUGGACCCACCUGAUCCUAUGGAUCCUCAUCCCAUUGCAGAAAACUUACAAAAAGCUGAGGUUUGUGACUUUGUUUCAGAUUUACCCUCUGAGCUCACCUCUGUGGGUAACACAGGGAAGACACUUUCAAUGUCUGACCCACAGCAAGAGGAGGCCAGUGGAGGGACCCUGGUGAACCCUGAGGACUGUCCUAGUUCCAACCUGAACGAAUUGCCAUACUCUAUAGAGAAGCAUGCUAACCAAGCUGUUUCUGUGUGCAUGCAGAACUUGGCAUCAGUGGAAACUAUUGUUUUAACUGCUGAUCCAGAGGAGGACAGUGGUUCCUAUGAACUGCUUGCUCCUGAGGAAGACUUUCGUGAAGACCUUUGUGGCUCAUCUUUCUCUGUAGUAUAUACAAGCUCUCUUCCUGCAGGGAAGAACCUUCGUGGGGACAGAGAAACUCUGUUUUUCAUUGCAGAGCCUCUGGAAUCACCUCAAAAGUGGGGCAGGACUUCCACUCCCUUUAACCAACCAGAAGGAAUUCCGCAGUACCAACCUCCACCAGAAGAAAGUGCCAUUAUACAAGAAAAUGAAACUGGAACAAAUGUGUUUCACAAAUCACAACAGGUACCUUUACUUGAUCAGUCUGACUGGAAGCCUGGAUCUAGAAUCUCAAGCAUCUUGAGCACCCUAACUUGGCCCCCUGAAGCAGAUAUGGUCCUUGCUGUGAACCAAGGACAACCUCUGUCUCCUAUGCCUAAUACAAGCCUAACUCUGGUGUCUAAGCCUGAUACCAAACACCUUCCUUCCCAUGUCCCAAGCCCUGUUCAAGCUCAGGCCCCUGGACUUAAUGCCAAUCACUGUGUCCAGCCUCUAGCCCUUGAGACUUACAAGACACUGACUCCUGUACCCCACUCCAGGCCAAAUCUAAACUGUAACGUGGAUGAUCAUGACUUACUAGCCCUUACUAUAAGACAUCCUCUAUGGACUGCCGCUAUUGUAUCUGAUGCUAAUAAUGCCAACUCUUCUCCUGAUAGAAGUCUAACAGACAAAGUUGUCUUUGUUCCAGCAACUAAAGGGCGCAAUCUCUGUGAUUUGGGUACCCAGGAUACAGAGACUUCUAAUGACUCAGAGGUCAGUUUGUUGGCCAAAGGCUUUUCUGCUGUUGGAAAUGAGGCAUUGGCCAGCUGUUCUGACACCAGCACUGAAACAGUGAUUCAGCACAUGGGUAUACAGUGUGAAAAAUCCUCACCUGACCACCUUUGUUGGUCCUCACUGGAAGAUUUGAGAACAUUCACGGAUUCCAAGAGCAGAGACUCUGUACAGUCCCUUCCAAUGCUAGCAUUCACCAAUCCAAUUCACUUUCUCCAACUAAGCCCUCCAUCACCACCAACUGCUCAAACAACCUGCCAAGAAGAUGAGGUAUCAAGAGAGCUGCAGUGGGAGCAGCGGACAAACCUCUUUGGUGUAGACACAAAGAACAUCCGAGCACCAUCAGCAAUUACAGAGAAAAUAGAAAGUGAGGGGAGAGUCAAGCAAAGGCUAGAAGAACAACAACAAGAACACCAUUUGGUGUCUCAAUUAAAGGAAGAAGUACCCAAACAUUUACCUUUGGAAAAAUCAUUAAGCUGGCCAGACAAAAAAACAAUUGAGGUAGUUGCACAAGAGCCAAGAGUCAAUCAAGAAAGUCUGAGUAAGCGCAGAGUGAAAAGCAAGGACUGGCACCGGCAGGGCCUGAAGAGGAUAUCCGUACCACCAGACGUCUUGCAGGAAGUCUGUCCCGUUCCUUCAGAGGAAGAAGCACACAAGGUGCACAGGGAACCACCAGUCAGUUCAGAAACAGUUAUAUUACGAGAGAAGAAACUUGAAGAUACAAUGGGGACCUUCAAACGUCGACACUCCAAACUCAUCAACUCCUCAAGGUUGCUGUAUCAGGAGUACAGUGAUGUGGUUCUGAACAAGGCCAUUCAAAGCCAGAAGAGAGUGGAUUCUUUUGCAGAGGAUACAGAAUCGAGUUUGCCAAGCUCCCCAAGACUACGAAGGAAAGUGUUGUCUCCCCAGGACUCGUAUUUGCAACGUCUGUCAGUGUCAUCAAAUGCAUCCCUCUGGCAGGAUAUUCCCAUGAUCCGGGGCAGCAGAAUGCUACUCAAUAUGUCCCGUGAUGAGCAGAAGCUACAAGAGGCCAAAUUUGAGUUGAUAAUGUCUGAGGCUUCCUACCUGCGCAGUUUAAAUGUGGCAGUGGAUCACUUCCAGCGGUCAGCAGAACUCCAGGCAAUUCUCAGUAAUCAGGAGCGUCAGUGGCUAUUCUCACGCCUUCAGGAUGUACGUGAUGUCAGUGCCAGUUUCCUUUUUGACUUGGAAGAGAAGUUUGAAGAGGACAUGUUCACCUUCCGUGUAUGUGAUGUGGCUCUGAAACAUGCUCCUGAGUUCCGCAGGGUGUAUCUACCGUAUGUAACAAACCAGACAUACCAGGAGCAAACCUUCCAGCGGUUGCUGAGUGGAAAUGCAGGAUUUCAGCAAGUCCUGGAGAGAUUGGAAAGUGAUCCAGUAUGUCAGCGCCUCUCGCUUAAGUCCUUCCUCAUCCUCCCUUUCCAGCGCAUCACUCGACUUAAACUCCUACUACAGAACAUCCUGAAGAGAACUCGGCCUGGGUCUGAGGAGGAAGUGCAAGCAACACAGGCCUAUGAUGCACUUGAAAAGCUCAUCAAGGACUGCAAUGAAAAUGUUCAACGCAUGAGAAGCACUGAAGAGUUGAUCUACCUCAGCCAGAAGAUUGAAUUUGAGUGCAAGAUAUUCCCACUUGUUUCACAGUCAAGGCGACUUGUGAAGUGUGGUGAAUUAACAGCGUUGGACUUCAAUACUCCAAGUCCAAAAUGGAAAGUCACCACCCGUCCUAUCUACCUACACCUCUUCAACGACUGUCUGCUCCUGUCUCGGCCGAAGGAGGGUGGACGUUUUGUUGUGUUUGAUCAUGCUGCUUUCUCAGAUGUACGUGGGGAAAAGUGUGAGAUGAAACUGCAUGGAGCAAACAAAAAUGUUUUCCGUCUCUUUCUACUUCAGAAUUACCAGGGAAGGAGAGUGGAGUUUCUAUUUCGCACAGAGACACACAGUGAGAAGCUGAGGUGGAUCUCUGCUUUGGUUCCUCCGCAAGGGGAACUGGACCUCCUGGAAUGCCCUGAUGCACCACAGGUUCAAUGCAUAAGGACAUACAAAGCUCGGGAAAAUGAUGAGCUAGCUUUGGAGAAAGCAGAUAUCAUCAUGGUUAUGCAGUACAGCAAUGAUGGAUGGAUGGAAGGAGUGAAACUUUCAGACAGGGAGAGGGGGUGGUUUCCCUCAGAACAUGUGGAGCUCAUUUCCAGCAAACAAGCGCGGCAGAAGAACCUGAAAGAAGAACAACGUGUGAAGAAUGCCAAGCAGCAAGUCUUCUGCAGGAAAUAAUUCUACCUUGUUUGGAUCUGUGCAGUCUCCCUGCUACUGAGAAACCAAGUUUUUCUAUUGUUCCUCAGAAUAAGUACUUCUGCAAAGAGUGUAAUACACAUGGGUGUCUUUCACCAAAAAAAGUGGGCAUUCAACUGGGAAAAAUCAUUCACUUACAUUCUGUCACAGAAUUACAGCAGCAGAAGGGAAAAACGUUGCAUGUAUUGCUUGCUUUGUGUUAGUAGGCAGUGACUUUAAUUGUACAGAGCACUGGGAUCUGGACUUCUGGAAACAUAUUCUGGUUUUACCACUGACAGUUUACUUCAGAAUUCUGCCUUAGUUUUCCUAUCUGUGAAAUGGGGGUAUACUUACCUACAUCACUGGAUGUUGUGAAGCUAAAUUCAUUAUUAUUAACCUACUAAGAGCUUUGAGUUCCUGAGAAAAAAGGUGCUAAGCACGAAGCACAGCAUUAGAUGAGGAGAAUUUUCCAUUUGAAUAUCCUUCUCAUGUCUUGAGAGUAUUGAUUACCAUACUAUAAUUUCUACUUGAAACAAUGGAUCUACUUGAUCAUACAUCUACUGUUCAUUGUUUUGUUUUCUUUUUAAAAGGCACAGGUACAAUGAAGCGCUAAGUUGAACUCAGUUUUAGCACGCUAUUAAGAAUCCUCAGCAUUAGAAUACACACUUGAGUUUUAGAAAGUUUUUCAAAGUCACUGUGGUGAUUUCCUGCACCUUAAGAAGUAUAAAGCUGAAUCACAGAAUUGUAGGGGCUGGAAGGGACCUCCAGAGAUCACUGAGUACAACCCCUCUGCAAAGCAGGUCCCCUACUGCCAGCUACACAGGUAGGUGUACAGGUGGGUCUUGAAUAUCUCCAGAGAGGGAGAAUCCACAACCUCCCUGGACAGCCUGUUCCAGUGCUCCAUCACCCUUAUCAUGAAGAAGUUCCUUUGCAUAUUGAUACAGAACUUUCUAUGCUCAAGUUGAUGGCCCUUUCCCCUUGUCCUGUCCCCACUGACUGCUGAAGAACCUGUCACCUCUCUCCUGAGCCAGGGUCCCACUAAGCCAUCUGAAACAACCCUGUUUUCCACUCUACCCCCACUCAAAGUAGAACAGUUACUUUUUACAAAGAUCUGAUGUUGGUAUGUGCCAAAUAAGUGUCUAGGCACUUGGUAUGAAGGGGUAUUUUCCUGCUGCUCCAGUCUUAUAGCUGAUAUGGUACUGCAGCCACCAUUUUGCACACUUACGGUAAACACUGAGAUAUUUCACCACUGUAGAUAAAGUCAAAGUAUGUGCCAGGGACUCUUGUUUUUGUAGAACUCUCCAGUUGUAAGUCCAGUUUACAUGUAGUUCUGCUUUUGUGCAGAACCUGUCUAUUUGAGGACAUGCCUUCAACUGUAAGAUAUUGUUGCUGCAUUUAGUUAUGUCAAUACAAGAUCAAGUACAUGACUCAAUAUACCAAAGAAAACCUCUUUAUUUCUUGCAUUUAAUAUAUUUAAAGAAUUAGCUUCGUAUUUCCAGCUUACCUUUUCUGUAACAUUCUACCUUUUAAUUCUCAUAUAGAUUGUGGUAUAGCUUAUUUCAGCCUAUUUAUGUCAGUAAUUGUAGCUGGAUUAAAAAUAAGUUUUAGUCCUGGUAAAUUCAUGCACCUCUCCUGUUAAAAUAAAAAAAAUCUGCUUUCCUUAUUUUAGAUUUUCAUAUUAAAUGAGGGUAGCUAUUUUCUGAAUGUUUUCAGAAAUAUAUUCAGUAUUUUAGUUUAUUUUUCCCAUGAACACUCCUUUCUAAAUUAAGUGCAAAUAGCUAUACUUAGCAAAGGAGUUGAGAAAACUUGCUUUACUAGCCAUGGUAAUGAUCUCAAGAGCCUUAUGAUAUACGUUUGUGAAUGCCCUGGAAUAGUUGCUGCUGCAGGUUUCCUAGUGGUAUUAAUCAUCAGUGUAUCAAGGUAAGCUGAAAGGAUGACCUAGAGAAGAAGGAAUUUGGGUCUACUAGUAAUGUGCCAUUUUUGAGCUCCUCACUGCAAGAGUGAUACUAGCUUGAUAGAAUGCUUGCAAAGAAGAGCAACAGAGCUGGUGAAGGGACUAGAAAACUAGAUAUACAAGGUUAGGGAACAGAGCUGUUUAGUCUGAAGAAAAGGAGACUACGAGGGGACCUCUUAGAUCUCCACAACUAUCUGAAAGGAGGUUGCAGCAAGGUGGAUGCCAGUCUUUUCUCAAGUGACAAGUGAUUGGGCACAAGGAAAUGGCCUCAAGUUGUGCCAAAAAGUUAGACUGAAUAUCAGGAAGUUCCUUCUCAGAAAGAAUACUGAGGCAUUAGAACAAGCUGCCUGAUGGAAAUAGUGGAGUAACUAUUCCUGAAGGUAUUUAAGAGAUACAUGGAAGAGGCACUUAGGGACAUGGUUUAGUGGUGGAUUUGUAAUGUUAAAUUGAUGGUUGGACUUUAUGAUCUUAAGGUUUUUUCCAACCUGAAAGAUUAUAGGUUUGUCUUUUUAAUUUAUGGUCUGGACUACAGUAUGCAUUCACUUUUCUUGCCUAGAAGAACUGAAGCUGGUACCUACCUCAGAGCAAAAGUAAAGCCUUAUCUCAAACUACACUGUGACAUAAGAAAAGUUAUAAUCCUCAGCAAGAUCCACAGAUGUUCAAAGAUCCAAAAUAUCUGCUCAUCCAAGUUUUAUGAAAUACAUAAAGCAAUCACAAUCA